AGCCAGAGUAGGGUAGAUAAGGCUGGAGCAGGCAGCCGAGUGUUCAGAGUCUUCAGGGACCUAGAAGGAGCUGCAGAAGCUUGGAGUCUCGGGCUUGCACGGCCCUGCUCACCUUCUCCCAGAUGGCCAGCAAGGUGGCCAUCGGCAGUGACAUCGGACAGGCCCGCCGGGCAGUGGAGCAACUGCGGAUGGAAGCAGGCAUCACCCGCAUAAAGGUAUCCAAGGCAGCCACAGAUCUGCUGCAGUUCUGCACGGAGCAGGCCAAGAGUGACCCCUUCCUUGUGGGCAUCCCAGCUGCCACCAACCCUUUCAAGGAAAAGAAACCCUGUGCUAUCCUCUGAACCCACGAUAAUGCUACUGCCCCUAAGGCCUCGGAUAACACAGGAAAGUCCUCAAUAAAAAUGACAGCUCCUGU